ACCACCUUUCAGAAACUGUGAAGGAAUCCUGUGCAUUCAGCUUUAGAGGAGUGACAGAUAACAUUUCUACAAAUUGAAGAUGGUGAGAAAAGCCAUUGAGAGAAGAGCAAUUGAAGGAAGUUGCUUGGCCUGUUUACCACAUUCAUUAUCCUUUGAUGGCAGCAUUCUGGGGUAUGAGCUCUUAUGUCUGCCAUGAGAUGCAGCCAUCCCAUCUUGGAGAGCACCCCCAAAAUCUACCUCCUCCUCUGAGAAAGAGAAAAAAAUCUCAUCAGCUUUUUUUUGAAGAAAAACUCUUGCAGAGGAGCAAUGGAGAGGCUGCCACCGCCACUGCAGGUUAAAAUGUUUGGACCUCUGGCUGAAGGAAAUGGUACCGACCUGGAUGAAUAUGUGGCUUUGGUGGAUGGGGUAUUCUUGAACCAGGUCAUGUUCCAAAUUAAUCCUAAAUUGGAGAGUCAGAGAAUAAAUAAAAAAGUCAACAAUGAUGCCUCACUUAGAAUUCACAAUCUAUCCAUUUUGGUGAAACAGAUAAAAUUUUAUUACCAGGAGAUGUUGCAACAGUUGAUCGUGAUGUCAUUGCCAAAUGUCUUAGUCAUUGGCAAAAAUCCCUUUUCUGAACAAGGCACAGAAGAAGUUAAAAAGUUGCUUUUACUUUUACUGGGUUGUGCAGUUCAGUGUCAAAAAAAAGAAUUUAUUGGAAUAAUGCAAGGCUUAAAUUUUGACACAAAAGCAGCAGUUGCUGCACAUAUUCAAGAGGUAAUCAAUAAUCAGGAGAAUGUGUUUGAUCUGCAGUGGAUGGAAGAGACUGAUAUGUCUCAGGAGGAAAAGGAACCACUCUUGAAUAAUAUGGCAUUCCAUCUAAAAAGACUUAUAGAUGAAAGAGACGAACAUUCAGAGACUAUCAUAGCACUCUCUGAAGAGCAAGAUGGUCUUCACUUUCUACCCCAUGCCUCCUUAUCUGUACAGUCACCCUGUGGUUCUCCAGGCAUGAAGCAAACAGAAAGUCGACAACAUCUGCCAGUGGAACUGGCAAAUGCUAAAGCCAAGAUAAGAAGGCAUAGAGAGGAAUUGGAUGAAAAUACUGAAGAGUUAUUGGACUGCAAAGAAGAACUUGAGCAAAUGUAAAUAGAAUUAAAAAGCCUGCAACAAGAGAACAUGAACUUGCUUUUGAAUGCUCGUUCUGCAAGAAUGUACCGAGAUGAAUUAGGUGCACUUCAGGAGAAGGCAAUCAGAGUUGAUAAGCUGGAAAGUGAAGUCAGCAGAUAUAAAGAAAGGUUACAUGAUAUUGAAUUUUACAAGGCAAGAGUUGAGGAAUUAAAAGAAGAAGUUUUAUUAGAAACAAAAACCAUGUUGGAAGACCAAUUAGAAGGCACUCGAGCUCAUUCUGAUAAACUGUAUAAAUUAGAAAAAGAGAAUUUACAACUAAAAGCUAAACUGCAAUGAAGGGCCCCCACCCAUAAGAUGGUGAACUUCCUGCUUCUC